AUGGCACCACCGACCUGGGAGACCGAAAAAUUGCCCACAGACAGCCUUUGCGCUACCUCGAAUUGCGCAUCGCUGGACAGUCUCCUUUCCAGUGGAGAUUACUCCGAUAUGACCAUCCGGUGUCAGGGCCGCGAGUUCAAGACCCACCGCGCCAUCGUGUGCUCCCAGAGUUCUUUCUUUAAAAAGGCUCUCGGUAGUAACUUCAAGGAGGGGGACUCCGGAAUCGUUGAUCUCCCGGAAGAUGACCCCAACACCGUUCAGAGCUUUCUCGAGUUCCUCUACACUGGCACUUACAGCGUCGGCGGAUUCGAUCGGGACACAGUGCUAGAAGCUGUCGAGGUGACCAACGAACAGACUCUCAAGAGACUGAACUGCGCACCAGGUUCCAGCGACUACACCUCUGGGACGCCGAGACAGCAAGAAUCAGCAGGAGGACUCCGAUGGAGCCCUUACGCCUUCAAGGGCUCGGUAGUGCCGGCCGAAAAGAGCAAGAAACAGAAGAGACGAUGGGCAAUGAAGCAGUCGGUUUGGGUCUACGUGUUAGCUGACAAGUACGAUGUUCCGGCGCUGAGACUGCUGGCUCGGGAUCGAUUCUUCCAAACUGGAAAGGAGAUGCUGAAUUUAAAAUUGUGGCGCACGGCAUCAUGGGACGAGACGGCCUUCUUCUCAGAGAUCGUGCAGACGAUCUAUGACAAGACCUCAGAGCAAGACCCGCUACGACAAGCACUUCACAUGAUCGUCGGCAUGAAGACCGAGGACGAUGUAUUGAAGAAGAGGAUGCGAGAGGAAAUGACGCUCAACGGGGAGCUGGCAGUGGGGGUCGUGGAUUAUCUGACGGAAGCCAAGCAGGACUGA